CCCGUUAAUUUGAUCUUUACCUUAUUCUAUCAAAUGGGUUGUCUCAAAUGCCAUUUUUAGUAAAAAUCCGCAUACCCUUUUUUUUUCUAGAAAAAAUAAGUUAAGUCAUUUCCUCAAACAGUUGCAUUGCAUUCUCAUAAAGCUGGAAAUUUCCUUUUGGUUGCUUUUGGAAGCAAAAAUGAAAAAAAAAAAAAAAGAAAUAGUGCCCUUGGAUAUAUACAGCAAAAAGAAGUAAAUAAUAUCCUUGAAGAAUUAAAAAUUUAAAAUGACAUUGGAGACAGGUAGAACCUGAUCAAGUUGUAAGAAGCAUUUACGUUGUUGGUUUAAAGGAGAAUGAAUAAUGGAGGGGGAAAACGGAUCAAUGGCGGAACAGAAGAGGAUGAUGAUGAAGACGAUGUGAAUGGGGAUCUUGAUGCGUGGGAGAGAACUUAUACCGAUGAGAGGUCGUGGGAAUCUUUGCAAGAGGACGAGUCAGGGCUGCUUCGCCCCAUUGACAACAAGGCCCUUUAUCAUUCUCAGUACCGUAGGCGACUUCGUUCCCUUUCUUCAAUUGCCACUGCUGCUCGGAUACAAAAGGGCCUCAUUCGUUAUCUCUAUGUUGUUAUUGAUCUUUCCAGGGCAGCUUCAGAGAUGGAUUUUCGACCAAGUCGAAUUGCUGUCAUUGCAAAACAUGUUGAAGCUUUCAUCAGGGAGUUUUUUGACCAGAAUCCUCUUAGUCAAGUUGGCCUUGUGACUAUAAAAGAUGGGGUUGCUUACUGCUUAACAGAUCUCGGUGGUAGUCCUGAGUCUCAUAUCAAAGCUUUGAUGAAUAAGUUGGAAUGUUCGGGUGAUUCCUCCUUACAGAAUGCAUUGGAUCUCAUAGAUGGGUAUCUGAAUCAAAUUCCAUCAUAUGGUCAUCGUGAAGUUCUUAUAUUAUAUUCUGCUCUCAGUACCUGUGAUCCUGGAGAUAUAAUGGAGACCAUUCAGAAAUGCAAGAAAUCUAAAAUAAGAUGUUCAGUUAUUGGCCUUGCUGCAGAAAUGUUUAUAUGCAAACAUCUUUGCCAGGAAACUGGGGGAAUAUACACUGUUGCAUUGGAUGAGUCCCACUUUAAAGAGCUAAUAUUGGAGCAUGCACCCCCACCACCGGCCAUAGCAGAAUUUGCAAUUGCUAAUUUGAUCAAGAUGGGAUUCCCACAAAGAGCAGCUGAGGGUUCUAUGUCGAUUUGUUCAUGUCAUAAAGAAGCCAAGGUAGGUGCAGGUUACACUUGUCCAAGAUGUAAAGCCCGUGUAUGUGAGCUUCCUACAGAAUGUUGUAUCUGCGGAUUGACACUCGUGUCUUCACCCCAUUUGGCUAGAUCAUAUCAUCAUCUCUUUCCCAUAGCCCCUUUUGAUGAGGUGCCUCCAUCUCAUUUAAAUGAUCCAAACAACAAACUGCAAAGAAAUUGUUUUGGGUGCCAACAAAGCCUCCUCAAUCCAGGAAACAAACCUGGCCUUUUCGUUGUGUGCCCAAAUUGCAAACGGCGCUUCUGUCUCGACUGUGACAUUUACAUUCACGAGAGUUUGCACAAUUGCCCAGGUUGUGAAAGCUUCAGGCAUUCCAAGCCUGUCAUCUCAAAUGAAGAAUGAGAAUUAUUAUUGCUGUGGAAAUUCAUACUACGUAGCUCCCAUAACAUAUGCUACCGUCCCUUUAUAACAUUUUGAGAUGGCACUCUUUUGACUAUUUGAGAAAUUUUAAUGUUGGGACCGUAAAUUAUAAGUCACCUCUUUGCUUCCAUGGACUCGUUUGGUGAAAUUCAAUGUUUCCCUACUUUCGAGUG